AUUCCUCUUCUGGAUUACGGCACACACCCAUCGAGGAAGUCAGCGGCAGUCUCUGCCGUCCGUGUUUUCAGGGGCCACUCCGCCUCGGUCUGCGUGCGCUCCGCGCCAUGUCGACCACCGUGAGGAGCCUCAAGGUCACCUGUAACCCUGCUAACGAGAGAAACGCGUUUACCAGUGGCGACUGGGUGUGCGGUCAGGUCACCCUGGAAGUGGCCAAAGACUGCCAGAUCGAGUCGCUGCUAGUGAAGUUCAAGGGGAAAGCCGAAGUCAUGUGGACCGAGAGGCACGGCAAAACCACUGUCGUUUACCACUCCAAGGACAAAUACUUCAGCCUCAAACAUGACUUUAUCCGAGACAAGAAUCUCAGAGGAGAUGACAGCCAAACACUGCUGACAACCCAGCACGGAGAAACGUACAGCAGUGUUGUUGCCCCAGGAAGCCAUGUUUACCCAUUCACUUUUCAGAUCCCUUCCCAGGAUAUGCCUUCCUCCUUCAGUGGUUCAUGCGGUAAAAUUGUGUACAUGCUGGAGGUCAAGCUGAGCAGAUCAAUGAGGAUUGCCAAGAAAGAUUCGACCAAGAUCAACUUUGUGUCAAAGGUGGACCUCGACAGUGUCCCUGGGCUAAUGACACCACAGCAUGAGUCUAAGGAUAAGAAAUUGAAAGUUUUCACCUCGGGAACAGUAGCCAUAGAUGCACAUAUUGAAAAAACAGGUUUCUUGCAAGGAGAAGGAUUAAAGGUUCUGGCCCACAUUCAGAACAACUCCUCUCGUGCAAUCAAGCCCAAGUACUGUGUGUACAGAAAGAACAGCUUCUUUGCAAAAGGGAAGAGAAAACUCUUUACUACAGACCUCUUCAAAGAGGUGGGAGAACCCAUCCCUCCUUCUGCUAAUGAAAAAGUCACAAGGGUCAUCACCAUCCCCCAUGAUCUGGAGCCCUCCAUCCUCAACUGCAACAUCAUCAAAGCAGAGUACAGACUCAGGGUCUACCUCGAUGUCAAAUAUGCAUCAGACCCAGAGAUCAAAUUUCCCAUAAUCAUCCUGGGGGCCUCUCAGGUUCCUGCUGUGGCACCACCACCCACUGCGGCUGCUGCUGCUGCUGGCUUUGGAUUUGAACCAUUUGGGAACCCAAACCCACCACCCUGGGGCAUUGCAACACCACAACCACCACCAGCACCCCAACCUUUUGAUCCCCCUCCUCCAUAUGGGGCACAUGCGAUGUACCCCCCUUUGAUGGAUUUUGGCGACAAAUAUCAGUGAUGGGACUGUGAAGAUACUUUGACAUUUCAAGGACAUGAGAUAAAGUAUAUCUGUCAUGAAUGUUGUUUUUUUUUUUAAAUGAUGUUCCAUAACUGUUAUGUUAAAUGUUAUGAUGUUUUGUAUAAUAUUAUGUAUGUUACAUAUGUUAUAACUGUUAAACCAUACACACAUUGUAGAAAAACGGUAGUACAGUGGCUCUUUUUUUUCUUUUUUUAUGUAUUUGUAUGUUUUUUGGUUACAGCUACGAUAUAUUUACUGCAGUUACAUAAUUCAAAUAGAA